CAUGCGUACAAUAAGAAACACGGAUGUUGUUUUUUUUUUUAAUGAACAACACACUUUCGUUUUCGUAUGUUUCGUGCUCACGAAAUGAUUCUAAACGAUUUUGAAAAGUAGUUAUCUUUCGUUGUAUGUGUUGAGUGUUUUGACAUUGGAUUAAGGUGAAAUGGAGGAUAUUUAUGCGUGCGAUUACGUGCGCAGUGCAUUCGCCUUGUGCAGGUCGGAGGGUUGUCUUGAAUGAAGUGCAACUGCUUCUUCAGUUCAGUCCAGCUAGGCGGUCGGUAAUUUUGACGUGCUUGCCUGCAAGAAGCAGCGUUAUUGGCCGAAUAGCCUCGUGUUUACGCCAAGGACGCGCUGGGUCGUUCACUUCUUCAGCGAGCGACCUUUCCAAGUACGCCAACGACAUUUGUGCAUUAUGUUACAGGUCACAUCGUUUUAUAUCCAUCUUCAAAUUACCCACACCCUCGAUAAAAAUCGUAAAUAUAUCGAUGUCUAGUCCGGCGAGAGAUAUUAACAACAAAAAAAUGGCCCACUUUCACCGCAUGCAUGUCCAUUACGUUAUGCAUUACCUCGCCAAUCCCAUCAUCAUCAUCAUCGUCAUUAACGACAACAACAAAAUCAAAAUAUCAACGACAACAAACAAAAACACCGCCGCUUAUUAUCUUCGGAGUGAUAAUAAAAUUAAAAUUUAUAUUCCGUAAAUAUUAUCGCUGGCGGAGUAAAAAUUUCUUUCGGAAACAUUCGGUAUAUUGAUAAAUGUUAUGGUACUUUCACAAAAUGAAAAAAAUCACCACGAUGGGUGUAUCAUGCGCGUCCCAGACGUGUUCGCGAUCCAAUCGGAAGAAUUUAAUUGAAUACGCGGCGCCAGGCCGAACCGAAGAACCAGAACGUAAAAUUCUAUGCCGCGCGCAGAAAAUAUCCACCUUAAAAUCGCAAUUCGCAACAAAGUCGCCUCGGCGAUCAUCUAAUAAGUGCCUUUCGGUAUGUAAUUGCGCGCGCGUACGAUUUAUACAGUUGCACGAUCAUCAAACGCACAACGAAAUUGAUAUUUCUUUAACAAAUUAACUCUGAAUGAGUUAAUUGCGGAUUAAGUAUGUUAUAAAUAACUCCGGCCGCUCUUGAUUAAUAUUCAUGGCAUCAAUUUAAAGCAUGAAUACACUCGACAACACUGAGGCCGACGAACAUUUUCGUUUAUUUACUUUCUAUAAAUAGAAUGUGCAUACGCGCGCAGAGAUAAAUAAAUCCAUAUCAUUUGAUUGUAAUUAAUUGCAGUCUGUAGCUCUUGAACUUGCGAUGGAUUCCGUAUUUGUGCAAUAUUAUAAAUUUUUUCGCGUGCUUGACUUGAGUUUAUCCCGUCUCUAAGCAUAAACAUAGUCAUAUAACUUUGUUACACCUGAAAUGGGCAUGGCGAGCGCCGUUGCGGUCGUACCAUGUCUUCAUGUGGCGUCUAGAGUCUUGCGAUCAGUUGCAGUCAUCGUCAAUAUUGCAAUAACGUGUGCACGUUAUAUCUAUAAAUAGAUCCAUCCGUCUGUCCAACAGUGCAACGUGCUUAGGAUGAUGAUGGCGACGGAGCAAUCAACUGCCGAGAUCAUUUUGCGGUUUUGCGAUCAACCCAACAGACACAUGCAACAUUGUACACAUGACAAUUGUGCGUCUGUCACAGAUACACACAAUUUGAAUCUAUCGAAAUCUCAAAAUUCUCAGUGCGUAAUUUUAAUAUUUAAAAUAAAAUUUAAAAAUAUUUUUAAAAUGUCUGCGUAUAAUUUAGACGGGUCUGUGAAAUCAAAACGUAAACACCAAGAUGUUUUCGAUCAGUUUCACGAUUACUCCGUGUGUAAUAUACCAUCAACCGGAAGAAAACACGUCGAUACAAUGGCUGCAUACCGCCCGAAACGCAAAGAUAUGACGCAGAUUAAAGACUAUCAAUUGAGUCAAGCGUACACAGUUAUGGACAGAAAUCCGGUCAUGCUACGUAUCAGAGAUACUGAAUGUCAGUACCAAUUCCAUCCGCCUGGUUUCAGCGACGUUGAUAAAAUGGACGCGCAAUGUCUGCAUGGUCCUCUGGAUAAAUUACUAAUGGAACAAUUCGUUGAAGUGAUUGAUUAUUAUCAAUGCGUUGCGCACGAAGUGUUAAAACGCAACAGAAAAGAGCGAUUAUUAAAGGCGAAACGCGAAAGAGAGGAAAUAAAAAAAGCGUUUGAUAAAAUAAUGGGUCCGGAUUGGUAUCAGGAGUUGUCUAAUCCACAACGCCUUGCAAUCGAUGGUUUAGCAAAGGCGAUUGUUGUAGAUUUAGGGCGGAAUACCAUCAAUAACACGCAGGAUGUCAUAGCUAGACUUGGUUUAGUCCUGAGACCUAAUCAUGUUCAUGUUAAACGUGCCCUUCAGUUGUGUGAAAGUUGCCCAGUGGAGUUUCUACUUGUUUUAUAUCAGCUUAUCAAUCCCAAUCGUACGUCUUAUUCAAUUAAUGAUCGAUUGUUGUUAUCCGCUGUUGUCCAUUUGACAAUUCGAAGUACCCUUAAGGAAUUACACGUGCGGAUACCGUCACCUCCUCGCAUCCAACCCAAAAAAACAAAACCUAAAAAAGUUAUCCCUAAAUGUGGUAAAAGUCCUUAUCAACAGAACCUAUUACUAAGGGACGAAGUAAAAUGUGCUUCAUAUCACCCUCCGAAUAGAUACUAUGCUGAUAAUGCAUAUUUUAAUUAUGUGGACCAAAUGUGCUUGAAUCAAAUAAUUCUUCAUAAAUCGACGGAACCUGUAACACAUCGCGACUAUCAAUAUGAAAAAACCUACUCGGGAGGCGUAUGCACAUGCGAUAAUUGCACAUUUCCUGAUUGCAGCGCUGUCAGGGAUCUUGACGAGUUUACACGCAUUGAAAUUGACCUCAUCACUGAAUGGACCCGAGCGCAGAAAUACUACAGUUCCCUGGGUAAUGCAAAUUAUAUCCCCGCACUGUUUAAACCCUCUGUAUAUGUUUGUCCAAUCGGAAAAUUUCGUCCGCGGCGUGUUCCAUCUGUGAAAAAAGUAAAAUCACCGGUAGUUUCACCGGAAUCAACUACCAUGUCAAUAUCUACCCUGCCGUCUGAUAGUUUAAAAAAAUGUGCUUGCAAAUCAUCACAGAAUCAAAAUGAACAAGCAGAGUCAAAAGAAAAAAAUAAAACUGAGGAUAUAAUGCCAUCAGUGACAUUCACAGACCAAGAAGUGGAAUGUAUCUGUUCUAUUGACGAUACUGACGAGUUAAUCAUAGCUGAGGAAGAGGAAUAUGUCAGUUCCGAAGGGACUUUUACUCCUGUACCUUACUGUGAGACAGAUUUAAUGAUGGGUCCUUUAUUAACUGUCAAAACAGUGGAUUCCCAAACUUGUGCUUGUAAAGAAGCUAUUUUAAAACGUAUCGAUGAAAGUUUAUGUUAUUGCGAACGCUGUGAAGACGAUCGGCGUAGAAAAAACAGUAUUUUAAAAUAUAUCAUCGAUAACACGAAAGAAACCGAAAACAAACCAGUGCCGGUUAUACGAGAUUGUAAAGCGACACCGAUUUGUACAUGCAUGGAAAAGUACAAGAAACAAUGGGAGCAGUUUGAGCGCACGCGCGGUAUCAGAAAAGUCCAGGAAGCUUUGAAAAGCCUCGAAGAAAAAUUCGUUAUAAAUGGCACAGCGGUCGGCCCCGAUGGUAAAAUUGUUUAUAUUUUGUCCAGUGUAAUGCCGCAGCGAUGUUGUCAAUGCGCAAGGAUAAAAGAAAUCGAAGAAGAGGAAAAACGCACGCUGAAACAAAUGCCAAUGUUACCAGGCGGUUGUAUAAAGUAUCACAUUGCUGGUGUUCAAGAAAGACCCGAAGGUAAUGUUUAUGUCCUAGCUGGUACCACGGAAAAUGUUGAAUGUGACUGUAUGGCUCUGUAUGAACGCUUCACACGUGAACAUACACUGUGUUUGAAAUUAUUCAACGCGUACAUGAAGAAAAUUGCGUAUGAUACCGAAGAAUACCUCAAAGAAGUGAAUUCGCAGUAUGGGGAUUUUACUGCGAGUGCCACGUGGUCGGAGAAUCGAUCGGAAGUUGAGGUUAUAGAUAAAUCCUGCACGUGUCAUUGUGAUAGGGCUACGCAAAUGUGUUGUGUUUGUAAUACAAACACAGAGGAUUCGGUUGAUUGUAUUUGUUCGGUGAAAUCUUGCCCGUGUGGGUUUGAGGAGUGUGAGUGUGUCACCGAAGGAGAAGGUGGUGCAAUUGAUGAAUCCUUGUAUGAAUGCGGAGGGGAAUGUGAUUGUACGUUGUCUAGUGAGGGAAGUGAAGGAGCUGAAGGGUUGUUACUCUCGAAUUGUGCGUGUUCUUCACUUACGAAUAAAGAUAACAUUGUGAAGGUGGUUAAGAAAAUAAGUGAAGAUCUAGAGGUGAAAAAGGAAAAGGAUGAUUUUGAUUUAUUGCUGGAGAGGAUCAAGGAAGAGUAUAAGAAGCAUCCGUUGUAUAAAGUUGAAGAUCCGCCGGAAUUGGAACGGUAUAUGAUUUUUAAAAAGCUGCCGGCUACACAUCGGGAACAAACAGAAGUUUUAAAGAAAGCUUUAAAGAAGCUUGCAGAAGAUGGUUUCCCUCUUGCGCGUCUUCCCGACGUGCAUACUUUACCGAUUUUUCGUUGUUGGUGGCGGUUUCGUUUGCGUGAUUAUUACACGGCUAAACAACGCGCGAACAUGUUAAACCUUAAAGAUUAUCCGAUUAUGGAAAGAAUGGAUAUACACCGUCCGAAGAAUUAUACUAUAAGAGCUACAUUCUUGAAAAAUCGUAAAGAUUUACAUAACUGGGAUCAUACUAAACUCAUACGUUCACAUAAUUUGAGCGAUCGAAUCAAUUAUUAUCGCCACAAUAAGGGUGUCAGUAUAAACUAUGCACGUCAAUUGUUUACGUUGAUGCGACAAUACGAGUUUCACAACAAGACAUUUCGUGAUGUAUUCUUUUCGUACAUGCCGUCCAAGGAGGAGGACCUUUUUAUGGAUCAAAUUUGGAAGCAAAGCGAGGUCAAACAGAAGCGGUCGAAAUGUUUAUAGAACUGAUUUUGCUUUUGUUUAUUCUGCCAUGGAUACACGUUUUUUUUCUGUUUACUUUAGCGCUGAUACGUGUGAUGGAUGGAAUGGAGGAAGCUGAUCAGGAUAAUCAAUAAUAUAAAUGUUGCAUAAAAUAUGCACUUCCGGUUAAUAAAAUUUUUAUUGCUUAGUAAAAGAAAA